UUACAUCAGGGUCCCCAUGAAGUUCCCCCUUACAUCAGGUCCCCAUCAGAGUUCCCCCUCACAUCAGGGUCCCCAUAAGAGUUCCCCCUUACAUCAGGAGUCCCCAUCAGAGUUCCCCCUUAUGUCAGAGUCCCAAUCAGAGUUCCCCCUUAUGUCAGGGUCCCCUCAGAGUUCCUCCUUACAUCAGGGUCCCCUUCAAUGUUCUCCCUUACAUCAGAGUCCCCAUCAGAGUUCCCCCUUACAUCAUGGUCCCCAUCAGAGUUCCCCCUUAUGUCAGGAUCCCCAUCAGAGUACCCCCUUACAUCAGGGUCCCCAUCAGAGUUCCCCCUUACAUCAGGGUCCCCAUCAGAGUUCCCCCUUAUAUCAAGGUCCCCAUCAGAGUUCCCUCCUUACUAGUUUUGCCCAAGGCAAAGAUGCC